AAUUGGCAAAGUGAAAUUAGCCAGGGCUGGGAUAAUGUUUACAGCUUGAGAAAGCUUAGCAACUUCAUUCAUAAGAGGAGUUCUCACAAUCGGUAUUUGCUUUCCAAAGAAAGACCCACAUCGGCAGAGAGGUAGAAAUAGAGUGAGAGAAUCUUAAAACUGAAGAGGUCCUAGUUGCUUCUCAGUCUGGUCGAGACCAGGAUUAUAGAAAGUUGGAACAUUAUGGAGUGGGGAUCGGAGCUAUGGGACCAGUAUGAGAUCAUAGAACGACAGACCCAGUGGGGGAUCGAACUAGUGGAGAAGUAUGUGAAGUUUGUGAAGGAUCGCAGUGAAAUCGAACAGAGUUACGCCAAGCAGCUGAGGACCUUGGUGAAGAAAUACAGCCCCAAGCGAGCUAUGAAAGAAGAACCCGAGCUGAAGUUUUCCCAGUAUGAGACCUUCAUUAACAUUCUCAAUGAGCUGAACGACUACGCGGGGCAGCGGGAGGUUAUUGCAGAGAAUUUGACGCAGUACAUCUUUGCUGAACUCAUGAAGUACUUACACGAAAAUAAGCAGGAACGCAAGACGCACCUUCUAGAAGGAAGAAAAGCCCAGCAGAACCUGGAAGUCAGCUUCAAACAGUUGGAUAAUGCCAAGAGGAGGUUUGAGCGAGAUUGCAAGGAGGCAGAGAAGGCACAGCAGAAUGCAGAGAAAGUCGACAAUGACAUCAACACAACUAAAGCUGACGUGGAAAAGGCAAAACAGCAAGCGAACCUGCGGAACCACAUGGCAGAGGAGAGCAAAAACGAAUAUGCUGCUCAGCUGCAGAAGUACAACAAGGACCAAAACGAGUUUUACUUUGUGGAAAUGCCCAACGUUUUCAAUAAGCUGCAAGACAUGGAUGAGCGGCGGACACGGAAACUCUGUGAGGCGUACAAGAUGUUUGCGGACACAGAACGGAAGGUCAUGCCCAUCAUUGGGAAGUGUCUGGACGAGAUGACAAAAGCUGCGGAGUCUGUGAAUGAAAGUGGUGAUUCUCGUGUUCUGAUUGAGGCCUACAAAUCAGGAUUUGAGAGGCCAGGGGAGUUAGAGUUUGAAGACUACAGCCAGCUGAUUAAUCGAACUUCUUCAGAAAAUAGCAUUGGUUCCCUUAAAUCAGAGUCAAAGGUUGACCAAAGGACCAUCGGCAAAAGCAAGAACAAACGCUGGCCAUUCGGCAAGAAGAACAAGCUGGCAGUGUCUGAAGACUUCAGCCACCUCCCACCUGAGCAGCGCAGAAAAAAGCUUCAGCAGAAGAUCGAUGACUUGAACAAGGAGCUGCAGAAGCAAGUUGACCAGAGAGAAGCAUUGGAUAAAAUGAAAGAUGUCUAUCAGCGGAACCCACAGAUGGGAGAUCCAAACAGCCUUGAGCCCAGAAUAGUCGAAACUAAUCAGCACAUCGACAGACUGCAUCACGAACUUCAGAAGUAUGAGUCGUGGCUGACAGAUGCUGAAGGGAAGGUUGUUUCAAGAAGUGACAGCUGUGUACAGUACAUCCCCCACUGUGACCAGUCACCCUCCUUGAACAACAACGGGUCACACGAAAAGGAAAGUCCGGAUACAACCUACUCUGAUGAUAGUGGGCAGGAGCCUCUGCCACAGCCUCCAACCCUCUCAGAAUUUGAUGAUUUUGAAGUGGACGACAUCAUUCAGCCCAUAGGAAGCUCAACUGCCCUGUAUCCAUUUGACGGUAACAGUGAAGGGACCAUUGCAAUGGCGGAAGGAGAGGUGCUGCACCUGAUCGAGGAGGACAAGGGGGAUGGAUGGACUCGGGUCAGGCGGCACAACGGCGAGGAAGGCUACGUCCCCACGUCGUACGUGAAGAUCUCCCUCAGCAGAAUGUGAGCCAGCUGGUGUCAGUGGCUUUGGGACUUGCCCUCUGGUUCAGAGUGGCUCAGUUUCCACCUUUGGACCAUUGUGGUGUUGUGAUGGAGCAUUCAAUGGGACAGGCAGCUCCUUGGAAAAGUGGGAGAGGGACAAGGGUUACUUGACCAUCACUGGUCUUCACAUUGGAAAAAAAAACCUAAGAGUCACUUAGUUGCAUUGUAAUAUCUUCGGCACAUAAUUAGGAGAGCAUUUCUGACCAUUCAGUUCACUUUAGGAAGACUAUUGCCUUGUGCAUUCCAUUCUGGUACAGUAAAUCCAGUUCUAAUGUACAUAUUGUGUAGUAAUAAUUGUAUUUAGGGAUGAGCUCCUGACUUUUAAUUGCAAAUCACUGAGGCCGUUCUUUUAUAUAGAUAUUUUACAUAGACUGUCAUUUCUUUUAUGUACAAUCGUCAAGUCCUGUGCACGGGGUUAAAGCCACUCAGAACAUGACCUGGAGUGUGACAGCCUGAGGCACCCGGAUGAAAUUACUCUGGCAGCGUCGAGCUGGCUCUCCAAAUCCUUUACGGCGGCGGCCUGGUCGUGCACGUGAGGAGUGGGCCGGCCGUUCCGAAAAGCAACUGGACACAGCAGAGUCUGCAGGGAGCCCGGCCUUGGCGCGAAUUGGCUACGGCUCACUCCGAGUGAAUGGGGGCCAGCGUCAAUUUAGGUUGAUAGAUGGUGGGGGUAAGGGUAAGAAGAAACGAUUUAGAAACGAAGAGCAAAGCUCAGCGCACUGCCCAACGAUGCCUUAGAUGGUGGGGCUGAUGAUCGACACUAGCAGCUAGUUUAGGCUGUGGAUUUUUGGGGGAGAGCAGGAGUGUACUGGGCUGCCUCUGGAAACCUGUGGCGGGGCAUGGAUGGUUAUAUCUGUUUGUGCGUUUGUAUAGCGCGACUUCACUAAAAUUGAAUGUUUGCCAAUUAUUGGUCUUUUAAGUGUAUAUUAUUACAAGAAACAAAUCAAUGAAUUGUUAUAAGUCAGAAGUGAACUGAGGGCGGGUAUUUUGAGCCCUGACGCUAACCUGUGGGGUCCUAACUUGAGCAGUUCUUCUGUGGUAUUUGGUAUGCUGUCCAGAAUGUAGCCCAUUUGUUAAACCAUGGCGGAAAAUAUAUGGUAAUGGAGCAUUUAUGAUGUUGUAGACCUAUAAAGCGCUUCACAUUACAAUAGGACAGUAACCUGGUUGUUUUCCUGCACGAAUCUAAUACUGUAAUAAAAUACUGUUCCAACUGAG